CUGCCCGCACGCACGUCCAGAAGGACCCGGCUGCUGGAGACCUCCUGCUCUUUUGUUUCUCUAAAAUCACUUUGCUGUUGUAGUUCCGACCUCGUUUGUUAUCUUUUUCUUCUUCCUCCCCUUCCAUUUCCCCCCCUCAACUGGAGCAUUUUGGUUGCAGAGAGAGAAGGGAUCCUUGCAAGAGAGAGAGCAGCGGCCGAGGAGAAUGCAGCGUUAUUGGACCGAUGCUCAGGUUUCCUCUCUGCACUGAUUCGGACUGCCUCCUGGCUGCAGGGACACAAAAGCAUUUAAGAGGUUACUAGAGGAUACGAGCAGAAGAAAGAGAAAAGAAAAACGGAGGAUCGACACCUAAAAGCCAGUCCUCGACUAAAGGGGGUCUCACCCUGCAGACCGAGCCAUGUCAUCCACCAAAUACAAGAAGGAUAAAGAGAUCAUAGCGGAAUAUGAGACCCAAGUGAAAGAGAUCCGUAACCAGCUGGUGGAGCAGUUCAAAUGCUUGGAGCAGCAGUCGGAGUCCCGCAUCCAGCUGCUGCAGGACCUGCAGGAAUUCUUCCGUCGCAAAGCCGAGAUUGAGCUUGAAUACUCUCGCAGCUUGGAGAAACUGGCUGAGAGAUUUUCCUCCAAGAUCCGCAGCUCCAGAGAACACCAACAGUUCAAGAAAGACCAGCACUUGCUGUCCUCUGUAAACUGCUGGUAUCUAGUUCUCAGUCAAACAAGACGUGAGAGCCGAGACCAUGCUACCCUCAGCGACCUCUACAUCAACAAUGUUAUUGUGCGCCUGGCCCAGAUCAGCGAGGAUGUCAUCCGCUUGUUCAAGAAGAGCAAGGACAUUGGGAUCCAGAUGCACGAGGAGCUGGUGAAGGUGACAAAUGAACUCUACACUGUGAUGAAAACGUACCACAUGUACCACACUGAGAGCAUCAGUGCGGAGAGCAAGCUGAAAGAUGCUGAAAAGCAGGAGGAGAAGCAGUUCAGCAAGUCCGGAGAUCUCAACGUUAACCUCCUCCGCCAUGAGGACCGCCAACCGAGACGAAGCACCGUCAGGAAAAUAGAGAAGAUGAAAGAGAAGAGGCAAGCCAAGUAUUCAGAGAAUAAGCUGAAAUGCACAAAAGCCCGGAAUGACUAUUUGCUGAAUCUGGCAGCCACAAAUGCAGUGGUGGCAAAAUAUUACAUCCACGACGUCUCGGAUAUGAUUGAUUGCUGUGACCUGGGAUACCAUGCCAGCUUGGCACGCACUUUCAGGACCUACCUCUCUGCAGAGUACAACCUGGAGACAUCGCGCCACGAGGGACUGGACAUCAUUGAGAAUGCAGUGGACAACCUGGACUCCCGCAGUGACAAGCACAAGAUCAUGGAUAUGUAUAACCAGGUGUUCUGUCCUCCAAUGCGCUUUGAAUACCUGCCACACAUGGGAGAUGAGGUGUGCCAGGUCAGCGCUCAGCAGCCGGUGCAGACUGAACUUCUCAUGCGCUACCACCAACUGCAGUCUCGCUUAACGACACUAAAGAUCGAGAAUGAGGAGGUGAGGAAGACGUUGGACGCCACCAUGCAAACGAUCCAGGACAUGCUGACAGUUGAGGAUUUUGACGUGUCAGAUGCCUUUCAACACAGCCGUUCCACUGAAUCCAUCAAGUCUGUGGCCUCGGAGUCGUACAUGAGCAAAGUCAACGUGGCCAAGAGGAGGUCGAACCAGCAGGAGACUGAAAUGUUCUAUUUCUGUAAAUUCAAGGAGUACCUGAAUGGCAGUAAUCUCAUCAUUAAACUGCAGGCCAAGCAUGACUUACUGAAGCAGACACUGGGGGAAGGGGAAAGGGCCGAAUGUGGAACUACAAGGCCCCCAACCCUUCCCCCUAAACCACAGAAAAUGCGGAAACCUAGGCCACGCUCCACGUAUAACCAUAAGCUGUUUAACGGCAAUAUGGAGACCUUCAUCCAGGAUUCAGGUCAACCGAUCCCCCUUAUUGUUGAAAGUUGUAUCAGAUACAUCAAUCUAUACGGGUUGCAACAACAAGGGAUGUUCCGCGUGCCAGGAUCGCAGGUGGAGGUCAAUGAUAUCAAAAAUUCAUUUGAGAGAGGUGAAGAUCCCUUGAUCGAUGACCACAACGAGCAUGAUAUUAACUCAGUGGCAGGAGUGUUGAAGCUGUACUUCAGGGGACUAGAAAACCCUAUCUUUCCAAAGGAGCGUUUCCUGGACUUCAUCUCCACCAUCAAGCUGGAGUCAGGAGCAGAGAGGGCUCAUCACAUCCAGCAGAUCAUUGUGACACUUUCUCGGACAGUCAUAAUCGUCAUGAGAUACCUUUUCGCUUUUCUCAAUCAUCUAUCCCAGUACAGCGACGAGAACAUGAUGGACCCGUACAAUCUGGCCAUCUGCUUUGGUCCGACCCUGAUGCCCAUACCAGACGGCCAGGAUCCCGUGACGUGCCAGGCUCACGUUAAUGAGGUCAUCAAGACCAUCAUUAUCCACAACGAAAUCAUCUUUCCAAACCAGCGUGAGCUGGAUGGACCAGUGUAUGAGAAGUGCAUGACUGGUGGGGAAGAGUACUGCGACAGCCCCCACAGUGAACCAGGAACCAUUGACGAGGCUGAUAAUGGAACAGAACCACAUACCAGUGAUGAAGAGGUCGAGCAGAUUGAGGCCAUCGCUAAGUUUGACUAUGUGGGACGUAGUCCCAGGGAGCUGUCAUUCAAGAAGGGGGCAUCUCUGCUUCUGUAUCACCGAGCAUCAGAAGACUGGUGGGAGGGCCGUCACAACGGCGUGGACGGCCUCAUCCCCCAUCAGUAUAUUGUAGUGCAAGACCUGGAUGAUGCAUUCUCCGAUAACCUCAGCCAGAAAGCAGAUAGUGAAGCUAGCAGUGGGCCGUUGUUGGAGGAAAAGGGUUCAUCCAAAAACGACAUCCCGUCCCCAUGCGAACAGUUACCAGACUACAACUUUGGAGGAGGCGUGGGGAGGGUCAGAUUAAGAUCCGAUGGAGCUGCCAUCCCGCGGCGUCGGAGCGGUGCGGAGACCCACAGCCCGACCAGAGUGGCAGACACCCCGCCGCGGGCUGCAGCCUGUCCCAGCAGCCCCCACAAAAUGGCUGUUAGCAAGGGUCGUAUGGACAGUCCAGAAAAAAGGCGCCUUGGCACCUUUGGCAGUGCCGGCAGUAUUAACUACGCGGACAGGAAGGCCUAUCCUGAGGGCCACCCGCUUAGAUUGGUACCAGGGGCCACUCGCCACAGCAGUCUAGGCGACCACAAAACACUGGAGACUGAAGCUCUGGCUGAGGACAUAGAGAAAACAAUGACGACAGCACUCCAUGAGCUGCGUGAGCUGGAGCGCCAGAACACGGUUAAACAGGCCCCCGACGUCGUCCUCGACACCCUAGAGCCCAUGAAAAACCCGGUUAGCUCAGAGCCCGGCAGUCCACUGCACACUAUAAUGAUCCGUGACCCGGACGCAGCCAUGCGCCGCAGCAGUAGCUCCACCUCCGAGAUGAUGACCACCUUCAAACCUGCUCUCUCUGCCCGACUGGCAGGGGCUCAGCUACGCCCGCCUCCCAUGAGACCAGUGCGCCCCAUUCCCACGCAGCAUCGCUCAAGCAGCUCCAGCUCUUCGGGUGUCGGCAGCCCCGCGAUAACUCCCACUGAUAAGAUGUUCCCAACUAACAAUGCAGCAUCAGGUUCUAAUGUGAACAUUUCUGCUGAUGGAGCGGAUAAGUCUGGCACCAUGUAGCAAAGGUGGAAUCUGCUCAGCGAGAAGGCUGUAAGGCUUUCUAAGUGAGCAAGACGUUGAUGGAAACAAGUACUGAUGUGUGAAAAGCAGAAAUAAAUGCUUUUCCUCUGUUCAGGACUUUCAAUGUUACCAUGGCGAUAAGCAGCGGAAGAAGCUCUUGUGGUGCGACGGUGUAAAAGUCACAUAUCCUUGAAGCUUGACUUACCAGAAAAUGUGUAUUGAACGAUGUGUUUUUCAUUUAUACCUCAGUUCAACAGAAAUCCGGGGCUGCGUUCUCGUUUCCGAGAUGUAUUUAAUACAAGUGAAGCAAUACUUGUGUGAAAUUUGGUCACCAUAUUUUGUCCAGGUGAUGUUUCUCGCUCCUGUUUAUGUAUUCAAACUCUUCACAUAGACUGGCGUAGGAUUGAGGCUCAAAAACCACUUCUGUUUACCGUGUGAGGCACAGGCCUUUAGGCUGUACAUACAAACUUACUUGAAGUCACAUUGCUUUCUGUUUUCAUUACAACAGAGUGACUGUUCCGCAAAUUAAGAAUACAGUGACAUUUAUUUCUGCAUGCAGGGGCCGGAUAAGGAAGAUAAGGAAAUCAUCAAGGAUUUGCAUCACUGAAAGGACAUUUGUAAUGGUACGGUCUGUGAACAUGCUUGUCAGUUAUUGUCAGAAUAUGAUAUUAGUUUGGAAACCUUAUUCACAAUGAUGAAAUAUACAUUUUAAGUUCCAGGUGUCCAAAUAUUUGGAAAAUAAACAUCUUAUUUAACAGUGCUAGAUCUGAAAAUUGGCAUGUGUGUGGCAUUUCUGGAAAAGAUGAAGCAUCUUGGCAUGAAGAGGACUUCUGAUUAGACAUUACUAAUCAGUGCCACGGUUCUGCAAAACAAGUCAUCCUCCGCCAUCAAGCGUGGUUGGACGGUGAUUUAACGAGCCACUUUUUUUUUUCCUUUUUUGUGAUGUAUAUGAAUUAAAGAAAACUAAUGCUCCAACUAAUAUAGGAAUCCUGUGGUAAAAGUGUACACAAUAUAUAGCUAGGAAUUUGUGUUAAUGAUGUACAGAUUACCCCCCCCCCCCCCCUAAAAAAAAAAGACAAA